ACACUUUCAUUUCUAUAGAAGAGCUCCAGUUUCAUUUCUGUGGAAGAGUUCCACCCUUUAGCUGCUUCACUGAGGUAGACAUAGAGGCAGGUCUUGGCAUCAGUGCACAUAAUGGGCUUACUAACAUUCGCAGUAGCGGCAGCAGGAGCAGCUGGAGCCGUUGCAGUAACUCCAGCUCUGAUAGCGGCAGCGGGAUUCACUGCUACUGGAAUAGCAGCAGGGUCCGUGGCUGCCUCAAUGAUGUCCUCCGCUGCUUUGGCUAAUGGUGGAGGGGUCGCAGCUGGCAGUGUUGUUGCCGUCCUGCAGUCUAUUGGGGCAGCCGGGUUGUCUACCACUGGGACAGCAGCCAUGGCGUCUGCAGGAGGUGCUAUUGGCACAGCUAUCGGAUUAUUGCUGUAACAAUAUCCUCCUCUCAUCAGCUCUGUUUUUAAAGCAACAUGCUUGGAGGAAAUUUGAAGUUGAGAAAACGCACUAAUACACUAAUCUUGAAAAGCUUACUGAAGUUAGCUCUCAUCUACAUGAAGGAAAAAUGACCCUGUUGCACAGUGCCUUUGCUUCACAAAUAAAAUGUGCAUGGCUAUAAAAUGGUAAAA